GUACGAAUAACCGUUAAGUCGACCAUUUCACCUAGCGAGGAGAUAUUGAUACGAGAGAUGGGUCGUGGUGAGUACUUUGGCGAAAAAGCACUACUUGGCCAAUGCAGACGCACAGCCAACGUCUACGCUCUGGGACCUGGUGGAGUUGAGCUCUUCUGCUUAUACAGAAAUGCAUCUAACCUUUACGAUCUUUCGCCAGACUCCCAUGUUCGCAUUACUCGACGUCAGGAUUCUGACGAGGCAUACAAUUUUUCUCCAAGCAUAAAGAUUCCAGGUCACGGUCUGAUCUCUCCCUCUGGAGCUACCUGGAGAGUCGGACAUGGGGCUUGCGCUGCAACCAAACCUCAGACUCCCGCAGCCUCGGCUACCACACCGACGACAGUUUCAUCAGCUGCC